AUGUCGCUUGUUUUGCGCCCAGUUUUGUGGGGCACCCUGAAUAUCCGUUCAACGUUGACUGCUAAUUACACUUCUAUCGCCUUCCCCCAUACUGGCGUUCGUGGCUGCGUUAACACUUGCCUGUUCUACGUUUUGUGCUUUCAUCACCUUGGCGAGCAUCGUUAUAUGAUCCAUAGAAUGCUUGAAUGUGUUUCGCUUUUUAUUUUUCUGAAUGUCAUUUUGCGACAGAAGGUGGCUAACAAAAAGGAGUACAUUUUGCUUGGUUUGUCACCUGGAUAUGAUAAAGCAACCUUCCUGUCCUCCACUUAUGGGGGCAAGGUGAAGUCGCUGCUGGAGGAGGAGAACGUUGUUGAAAUCGCACGCAAACAUGGGAAGGCGCCAGCGCAGGUGCUGCUGCGCCACGGACUGCAACGUGGCAUCGUUGUAAUUGUCAAAAGUGUCACUCCGGAGCGCAUCAAGGCGAAUUUUGGUCAUGUCAGCGGUGUGGUGGUUGCUCCAACUGCUUUUUGCCCUUCUGUAGUUGCUGUUAAAGCCAGUGUUGAUGGGGAAUAA